AUGUUGUGGACAAUCGUUGACGUGAAACACCACAAGCUCAAAGAAGAAUUCAUACGCCGCUCCCAGAACACAUUUCUCAGCUGCGAAAUCCAGCUGGAUACUCCGAAUGCUUCCCUGGCAGAGUAUGCAGCUCGCAUUCGCGACCUGAGCAUCAGAGACAUGCCAAGGACCUCAAACCUUUCACCGCUUUUCGAUGUGCCCAACCUUGAGACUCUGUCUAUCUACGGUAUCCCCGAAAGGAUAUGGCAUCAGGUCAAACCAAACCAGCGUAUAUCAUUAUUUCAGGCCCACCCUCCCAAGCUACGUUCCCUUACCCUCAGAGACACAAUCUUUUUGCCUACCAUCCCUCCUGCAUCGUUAACACACCUCGCCCUCAACCACCUGCACUUCGGCUUUGCGGAUGAACUCCUCAACAUCAUUUCUGCUCACUCCUUCACGCUCCAGAAAAUCAUACUGUUCCACAUCCUUGUCGACUCCAAAGACUGGCCUUCUUGCGAUGUAAUGCGCCAGAUUAAGCUCCCACACCUCCAGCGCCUCACUCUCGGUUACACCAAGUACCAAGCGUACUAUUUGUACCCUUGGCGGCUCCUCGAACACCUCCUACCACCUCCGUCCUUCACUCUCAAUCUCACUGGCGCCCCGGAUCCCCGCGCGACGCUCGAGUUCCACAAGUUCUCGUACCGAGGCGACCAUCAGGUCACCGACAUGAUGCCUCGUCUGCGGGCGCUGCUGCCGUGGACCCAAAUCACCGCCGUCGCGUGCCGCGCGUCGUGUGAAUCCGAGGUGUUGCUCCCCUUCCUAGACUUGCUCCGCGAGACCACACCGGGGCGGGUUCGGUCCCUGCGCGUCCGCCUGGACCGCGACGAGGUCAGGGAGUCGACGCGCUACGACGAGUGCCCGGAUCGCCUCAAGCGGUUGGACCUGCAACUCGCGAAGGCGCUGGGCGGACUCGUGAUGGGCAAUCCGGAGUCGGGGCAAGUGGCGCUGGGGCUGGCGGAGCUCGAGGUGUCGACGGAGGACGUGCAGGACUUGGUGGGGAUGGAACCCGUCGGAGGUGCGGCGGCCGGCCUAGAGAGGAUCGUGUUUCGUUGUCCGCCGCCGAGCCCCGGUGCCGAGCUCGAAUGGUGGACGAGGAUGCGGAAGGCUGUCCCACAGGUGGAGAUGCACGCGCUUGAGGGCCGAGGGCUGGACGGGCUGCGUCUACCGGAGGUAGACCGGGCGAAGGACGGGUUUGUUUGGUGGUAG